GUUUGAAAACAUUGUGUUUUCAAUCAAUUAUUAAAUUUUGUGAUUAAAAAGUUUGUCUCAAAUGAAUGUAACGUUAAAUUGUAAUUGAAUUCAAUUGAGUUCAAUGUGUUUCUCAUAAUAUAAUUGUUUGCAAAUAGUUUUGUGAGAAAUGUUUCAAUUCAUGAGAAGUACUUCACUUUCAUCGGUGGCCAAAACGAUGGCCAAAAUGAGUGGUCAGUCGACGUCUUCGGCGACGAUCACGACAUCGACAGUGCGGCCAAAACGACAGGUGUUUAGCCGACGACCCGUCAAAGUGUUGACCGAAUCGGGAAAAGAUUACUUCAAACACAUGGAGGAGACGCUGAGUUCGGCCACACAUGAGUACCGACCGAAUCGGAUAACGGAUCCCAAAGAGAGAAAGACAUACAAUAAAUACUAUGACGAAGGAUUCACUGAAGACUAUUUGACCGCCGAUGCGGAAGAUAUGGACGACACCCACAGACCACCGAUGAGUGCCAACAAACCUAAGAGACCCUCUUUGAAGACGAAACCAAAAUGUGGUGAAAAGUUUACAAAUAAUGAAACCAAUGAAGAAGUGUUUGACAGGAAAACAGAUGGUAAGAAAAGUCACGCGAAGAAGAAUAUGGGACACAAAGAAGAGAUUUUAACGCCGAGAAUACCCGGAAUUCCUGUUUACCAGAAAUUGUGUGACAAUAACAUGGAGUUUAUUAAACUGAUAUCUGAUAUGAAGAUCAAGAAUAGGCGUGAAAAUCAAAACGUAAUGCUAUUGGAGGGCAAACGCUUGAUAAGCGAUGCCAUUCGCGCCGGUCUUCCGUUGAAGACUAUCUACUUUUCCAAAGAAGAGAAUUUAGUUGGUAUUCAAGCUUUGGAUGAAUUGGUAUUAAAAGGCCUUCAACUGAAGAAAGUCCUCUACAGAGAUAUAAAAUUAUUUAGCGAAAUGACCACAAGUCCCGGUGUUUUGGCCGUCACUGAACGGCCGAGUAAUGACAGAGUGUUGGUUAACCAAUCGGUUAAUGGCCAACAAUUGCCACUUAUAUUGAUUGGCGACAACAUUCGCGAUCCGGGAAACAUGGGAACAAUGCUGAGAUGCGCGGCCGCUGUCGGAGCCAUGAGUGUUGUGCUGACCCGCGGCUGUACUGAUGUCUGGUCGCCAAAGGUGUUGCGCUCGGGAGCCGGCGCUCACUUCCGAAUACCGAUUGUCAAUGACAUCGAAUGGCCACUCGUUUUCAAUUAUAUACCGAUUGACAAACCAUUUGAUCUCUAUAUCGCCGAAUCUAAAGCCGACGAUUACAGCCAUAUGUCAUCUCUAAGUGGAGAUAAGGACAGUAAGUCCGCGGUUGACCUACCAUUGCAUACAAUCAAUACAAUUACGAAAGAUUAUUCACAGUCGAGUGAAGUGACUGUUUUGCGGGACGACUCGUACGACACUCACAAUGAAGAGCUCGUUCAUUACAGGAACAGAGCGAUCGCCUUCACUAACUAUUGUGACACUAAGUUCUACACGUCUGGCAUCGAUAGGCCGGCGGUUCUAGUGAUUGGCGGCGAAACUCAUGGACUAAGCGAUCAGUCGUACAAAUUGGCCUACGAUUACAUCGGACGCAGAAUACGGAUCCCAUUGUCAGCGGGUGUGGACAGUCUGAACAGUGCUGUCGCCGCCGCAACAAUGAGUGGUGAGAAACAGUUUGCGCUGUUGUCUAACGUCUUGAGCGACGUUGCGAUACGAGAUCUGUCCGUCGAUAUGAAGACCAAACUCGAGACCCAUUUGAAGGCCAGUCAGUCGGCGGCCGAAGAGUCGCGUCGGGAGUGGACGGCGAAGAGCUCUGCGGCCGAACAGAAGAUAUUCUCCACCGAUAGAGAGGUCCAGAACUUGAGAUCCAAACUCCAAAUGAGUGAAGGCUUUGCCGACGAUCUCAAGAGACAGCUGAGAGAAGCCGAAGAAUUGCUUCAAAAGGCCCGACACGACGGCUUUGAAGCGCUCGAAGGCAAGCGAUCGGUUAGUUUUGAAUUGAAUUCAGUGAAGGAAAAAAUGGACAGAUUUUCGACCGAAAAGUUGAAUUUGAGUGAAAUGUUGAACAGAAGACAAGAAGAGAUAAAUCAUUUGCAAAACGAGUUGAAGACAAUGGCGUUAAGACUUAUGGCGAACAGUGAGGGACGAGUGGAGACCUCCAUCAGAGCUGAAGAACUGGAAUUGAAAUACAUAUCAGUUCAACACCAGGAGAAGCGGAUGAGUCAAGAGAGGGAUCUCUACCAAAAGCAGAUACAGGCGCUCAACGAUGAGCUCAAUGUGAAGCUCAAUGAACUGCUGGCCAUUCGCCGCGAGAGAGCCGUUCAGACAUUUGAAUUGCAAUCGAGUUUAGAGCAGAAGACCGACGAAAAUGUUAAAUAUUUGGAUGAAAUAAAACUUUUGAAACAAAUGAUCGAAAAGAAAGACAAACACAUUGACAGCCUUUCCGUCAGAAUCGGCGAAAUACAGCACAUGUCGGCACAACUGGAAGAAGAUUUCCACAACGAAACGUCCGCUCAAAACAAUUUGAUUGAAUUACACAAAGGCUCGAACGAAGAGCUGAAGAAACGCAACGAAAGUCUAAUCACAAACAUAGAAGAGAUGCAGAAAAUGCUACAAACGGCUAAAGAAGCUCACAGUGAACUCGAAGACGCUUUUCUCGAAAGUCAGCGCCGAUCGCAACAAGAGCUUCACGAGUCGGCUCAACAGAGCCGACAGUUGGCCGCAGAGAUAGAGACCCUAAAAGAGUCGGCCACUGCUUCGCGCGAGAACAUGGAGCUGGCGUUUCAACGCCAGUACCCGUUGGCCGCCAACACCAGAAAGCUUUUGGACAAAAACAUGAGUUUUACGCAAAUUUUUGAAGAAAUGGUUUCCGCGAAACAAGAACUCGACGACGAGAAGAAGGAAAACGCUGUCCUUAAAGAGCAUUUGCAACAAUUGGCCGCUGAGGCCGAAGAGAACGCGCCUCUACUCUACCGGAAAAUACAAGAACACCAAAGGGCGGCCCAAACCGUGAAUGAUCUUCAGACGCAGUUGUCGUCAGUAAUGACUGAACGCGAGCAGUGGCUCAAAGAGAAGGACUCUAUUAUCAGAAUCAAUAAACAAUUUGAACGCGAGAUUCAACGCUACGAAAAUGAUAACCAGAAUCUGAGUAAACAGGUCCGCACUCUCAUCAAGAGUGUUCAAGAGGCCAGAGGUUUCACUGUAUCUCGUGAUCAGAAUCAAAGCAUAUCCUCCACAGUGGGAGACAUUCCACAAGAAUUGGUUACAUUCAGAGACAUUGAAGAACUUCAGACUAGAAAUCAGGAACUGAUGAACGCUUUGCGCGAAACAAAUGAUAAAUUACUUGAAUUAGGCGAAGAGCAAAAGGACAGCGAGAGUGAAGCACUCAAACGUGAUUUGGAGGCGGCGUUCACUCAAUUGCAGAGUUUAAGGGCUGAACGCCUCCAACAGACAGAACUAAUGGAGACACUUAUCCGUCAACGAGAUCUAUACCACCAAAUGGUUGCCUCGCAUUCGGCAGACGAGCAAAACUUAAGCCAACGAUCGUUCACUGGUUUGAUGUCUUCGCCGAACACAUCGCGAAACAACGCCACUAACGAAGACAUUCAAGAGUUAAAAACUGAUUUAAACCGCUCUAAACAUGAAUACGAAGAAUACCGUAAAGAGAGUUCCAGUUGUGUGAAAGCAUUGCAAGAGUCGUACGAUAGGGUUCGGACGGAACUGUCGGCCGUGAAGAUAGAAUUGGCGAAGACAUCGACGGAACUCACGUUCACUAUAGAGAGGAACGAUAUGUUUAAGACAAACUGCGAACAGUUCCAGAUGGAGAACGCGACACUCAAAGAGCGCAACACUAUUUUGAACGAAAACGUGAAAAAACACGAGCAAUCAGUGGUUCUCUUGAGACAGGAGACGUCGGCCGCCGCCGAAAGACUCAACCGAUUAGAGUUAACGGCCGCGACGUUGAGGUCUGAACGCGAUAUGCAUUUAAAUAAUGAGCAAAAGUUGAUUCACGAAAACGAGUUAAUGAUGAAGACUGUGGAGAAUCAAAACAAAAUGAUAAACACAUUACAAACCGUUCAAAACAAUAUGAAACAAAUCGAAAGCGAUUCCAUCGAUCACCUGAAGAGCCAAAACGCCAAACUCGAGAACGAAUGCCUGUAUUUGCGGAACAAAUGCGAUAAAGAGUGUGAGAAGUACUCCGAAGCGAGUGCUCUCUGGGAAAAGACAGCUCAAGAGCUUCAGCACAGAAUUGAAACAGAAGUCGACAAAUAUAUGCGAAUUCACGAAGAGUUGGCCGUAUAUCAGACAAAGACACAGAGUUUGCAGCAAACGGUGACCAAAAUCGAGGGCAAAGAGGCGGAGAUUGUAUCUCUUCGGGAAGAGUUGAAACACUGGCAAAUCCGGGCCAAUAAUCUGAUCGAACAGCUCAACAAAAUUAGUCCCGAAGGUCUCAAACGACUCAACGAAGAGAAGAAAUCUCAGGGACAGAUUUCAAAUCUGGUGAAAGAAAUCAAUCAAUUAAAACAACAGGUCGAGAGCCAUAAGAAUGAUAAGAAAACACUGGAAACGCAAAUACAGACCAUUACAAGAGAAUCUGAGGCGAAGUUAGCGGAAGCGCGGAAAGUGUCGGACGAAUUGACGGCCGUUCGGACAGAGAAUGGGAACAAUCAAAACACUAUAACACAGUUGCGAAAAGUUGCCCGAAAAUACAAAAUGCAAUUCGACGAACAGAAAGUACAGUUCGACCAAUUGAAACACGACUACGAAACGGCCGUCAAGUCGGCCGUUGACCAGCAGUCGGCUCAAAACGCUGCCAUUUCUGAACAACAGACCACUGAAUUGUCACAAAAGAUUGUUGAGUUGAACACUAAGAUUAAAGAAAUGGAGCAACAGAUGGACAAAUUGACGGUCGAUUUAACUCAAGCGGCGGCCGAACGAGAGGUGGCCAGAGGACAGGCAACCGAGAAAGAGGAAAAGGCUAAGAAGAUUGCCCUUCAGGCCAGACAGAGACUGACCGCCAUAUCAAACGAGAAGAACGGUAUCGUUGGUGAACGCGAUUCGCUUAGAAAGUCGACAGAAGAGUUGAAAGAGCGGAUCCGACAAUUGGAACAAAACAAUGAGGAAAAUAAUUUAAGAUUGGCUUCAAUUAAGAGUCAAUUUGAUGCCAAAGUUAAACGACACGAACGGGAACUGACAGAAGCUCUCAAACUGGUCGAGACCUUAAAAGCGAGUCAACAGCAAAGUCAACAACAACUGCAACCGACGGCCGCAACCAUUGCUGUGACGAGCGCUUCCGUUCAGACAACUUCACAAACGGCCGCCAAUCCGGUGCGUCAUUCAGUUCAUCCACAGUCGGCGACUGUUCAGCCAUUAUCGGCAAAAUCGACGCCAACAGCGAGUAUACGGCCGCUGGCGGUCACACCUACUAUGAGAACUGGACGUAAUGUUUCGGCCCGAAUGGCGGCCGUCGCCACCGUUCAGCCAACUACUGAUGACCAGAGCCAACACAUAGCUGUGCCACAGGCGACAGUACAGCCCACACAAGCCGUGUCCUCUCAAAUGACGUUUACUAUUCCGUCGACUACUAGUGUUGAGUCCGAAACGAUUACUUCACAUAUCGAAGAAGCAAUUGAAGAGCCAAUGAUUGAGCCAAUGAUUGAGCAGCCAUUAGAAGGUUUAGCUCCUAUUGAAGUGCCAGUAAUACCGGCGCCAAUUGAAACUGAAGAGUCGAUCGCUGAACAACAGACUGUUUCGUGUACUGAAGAAAGCGUGGCAUCAGAACCAUUGGUGACUCCCGAGACUGAACAGUCAUUGUCUCAAACAAGUGAAACAGUAUCUGAAACUUCGGCCACAAGAAUAUUACGUGAAAAGAUCUUACUUAAGAGGACGAGAACUGAUGAGACGAGUGCUGCCAUGAGUCCCAAGAAAGCCAGAACCGAGACACAAGAGGAAGCGAUACCACAACCUGAAGAAGAAGUUGAGACAAUCGUUGCGAGCCAUGAGAUGAGUGAACCCACUGUCAGUCACACGGAAGAGAAAGUUGUCACUUAUGUUGCCGAAGAGGACGACGAUGUGAUCAUUCUUGAGAGCGACGAAUCUGAAGAGGAAGACAACGUCGAACAGAAGGAGGAAUCAAAUGAUGGAGAAGACGACGCCGACGAUGAAGAGGAUGACGAAGAGGAAGAUGAGGAAGAAUACGAUGAAGAAGAGGAGAAUGAGGACAACGAUAAUGUCGGGGAGAGUGAGGUCUAUCCCGACGAAGAGGAAGAAGACUAUAACGAAGAGGAGGAGGAAGAGGGAGAAGAUUCUCAUUACGAAGAAGAGGGCAAUGAAGAGCAUUCAGAAGCGGGCAGUGAAGGCGAGGGUCAGGAUAUUGAAGUGGUCGGCGUAUCGGACAAUGUGCCCGAACCUAAUGAACCCAACGAAACAGAAGAAGUACCACAACAGUCACUAAUGAAUGAAACCAUAGGUUCCGAAACAAUAGAGCAAUCGGUUGUGUCGACGACAAUGGCAUCGAUAUCUGUGCCAUCAGUGGUGACGUCGAGCACCGAAACGAAUCCAUUCCUUCGGCCAUUUGGAGGCACUUCGGCCGCCGGUCGGCAGUCAUUCUAUAUCCCACAGAAUCAGCAGAGCUCGACCUACGAUGAGGGCGACGGUAUAGUGCCGUCCACUCCCACACUGUUUGUGCCCCGACGUGGCGAUGGUUUCGCCGAUGCGCUCAACUCUCCGCGCGUACCGCAGGGGAGGUUUGUCUUCAGCUCAAGUAUUCCAGAGGCGGCGACGCUCUCGGGUUUGGCCAACGAGACUACGCUCGGCGUCGACGACACACGAAUGGAUUUGUCACAGUUUGAUGACAACAACAACGGCCGCAGUGUUCCCAACACUCCAUUGGCUAAUUCGCCGGCCGUUGACACUAGUAUUCAUUCAACCGUUCAAAAUGUCGAUCUCGACACCGAUGCAGACGUCAACUACGAGAUCGAAGCGACGGCUUCGGAGACUAUAGUUCCCGUCGACCUCGAGAGUGAUUUGAGUGCUGUCGACGACUCAGAGUCGCAAAGCGCCACAAAUCCUAUGACGGAAUCUAUUAUCGACACUAAUGUCACGGAAUCUUCGGAUGUGAACGAAUCCGUUCGACAGUCAGUAUCUAUUAGUGAAUCGCAGACUUCUGCUGACUCUGAAAGAGACGACGAAUCGGCGGAAAAGAGUGACGAAAUUCAAGUGAUGUACGAAAGCGAAUCCAUUCCCACCUCUUCCACAUCAUCCGCUCCGUCGACCAGUACUUCAACGGCUCAGAGAGGAGUUCCCACCGCUCGCAGAGGUCGUGGUUUUUCGGGUCCUCCGCGCGGCACUCUUCAGAGACGGCCUAUAAUGCCUCCAACACCUCCAUCGACCGCUGCUGAGAUACAGCCGUCAUUCACGGCUCCCAAUCCAUCGCAACCACCGCUACAACAACAACAGCCACAACAACAACAACAACAACCGCCGCCACAAACCGGACGGACUAUUAGGCUUAGAGACAGUAAAUUUUCGACCACAACGCGCGGCAAUUUCAGAGGUCGGCCGAGUCGUGGCGGACCCCGUGGAGGGCGAGGAGGCUAUCACUACAACAACUAAAUUGAUUUCAUUUAUUGGACUAAAAGACUGAUUAUAUGUUUUUAAUUUCUAUAUUUUUUCAUUAAUAAAACACAAAUUGCAAAUUCAGUAAUA